UUCAAUAACCUUUUUAUAACUGUAUUUGUAUUUAUUGUAUUUAUGUGAUAUCUCGCACAAGAUCUACGCACGUAUAUAAAUAAAUAAUUGACAUUUGGAAUUCUGAUUCUUGAGAGUAUAGUUAAAACUUUUAGGCUUGGACAUAUCAACAGUUAGUCAAAAUGUUUGGCCUUAUUUUAAUACUCGUAUGCUCUACUUUAGUAAGCGCUCGGUUUAUUAAUGAUUCUUGUCAGAUUAAUAUUAAUUACAAACAUGGAGAUUUUGGAACACCACAGCCGCUUAUUCUCACGAGAAAUAACUCUUCUAUGUUUUUGUAUCCGCAGCAUAUGGAUCGAUUAAAUGUUUUUGCAAUGCAAAAAAUUAUUUUGUCCUGUCCAGGGAAAAAUAACUAUCUAAAAGGCAUAGAUAACGAUAAGAAACUGAAUUCCAUAGAACUGAUUUGUUUCCGCGAAAAUAAAUUUUUCUACAACUUCCAAGAGUUUAUUUUAAACCCAAAAAACGUAUCAUGUAAUACGUUUCCGAAACACGUGGCACGUAGAACGUCCUCUAGGUGUUACAACAACAACACCCAGAUAGAAAUUGGGUUUUUGAUAACCGAAAACAACAAUCAAGAGUUUAUAAGAACAAUUGACUUGUGUAGAAAUGACACUCGCCACUGGACUUAUUACACACAUUAUAAACUGACCAGCAAAAUCGAGAACCUGCAGUUGGGAUUCCCAAGACCGAGGCAGUGGCUUGGAGCGGACUUUUACGAGCACAAUAUUGACAUUCUCUACAAAAUAUCAACCCAGAUUUCGACCCUGGAAAUUUUGUUGGGAUCAAAAAAACUUGUCAAUAAAUUCGUCGCGGUAAAUUCGACCCGGUUUCUCUCCAGAGGCCACAUGGUCCCCAAGAGCGACUUUGUUUACGGCAACGUUCAACGGUCUACCUUCUGGUACGUAAACUCGGCUCCUCAGUGGCAAAGCUUCAACGGUGGCAAUUGGAAUAUCCUCGAGAGCAGUAUCAGAAAGUUUGUGGUUAAAAAUAAAAUCAACUUGGAAGUUUUCACUGGCAUUCAUGGCCAAAUGAUGAUUGAAGAUGAGAAUAACAAUCCAGUGCCUGUUUAUCUUUUUGGGAACGAAACUCACAGGGCUCUGGAGGUUCCUAGAUUCUUUUGGAAGGUUAUUUACGAGCCAGAAACCAAAAAAGGAACUGCUUUUGUGGGUUUGAAUGAUCCGUAUCAACCAGCUAUUACAGAGGAUGUGUUUAUUUGCAAAGAUCUCUCUGAGAGGAUCAAGUGGAUCAAUUGGAAAAAGAAAUCCUUGAGCAAGGGAGUUUCUUAUGCUUGCGAUGUUAAUCAUCUCAGAAAAGUUAUUCCUUCGAUACCUGAUUUUCCCGUUGAAGAUAUUUUGAUAUAAAUUUAAGUUUUUCUUUUGAGGUAGUUCUUCUUUCCCAACCUAUCGUUUAUGCUACUGCUGUCUCUUUCAUUCGCUAGUGUCGCCUCUCUUACGGGCUAUCGCUCACUUACUUCCACACAUGACUUUAUUUGUUUACUUUACUAGUUUAUCAAUGAUUUCUCAAAAACUAUG